AUGGAGUCCUUGUCCCUCCCUUCCAAAUUGACCACAACCCUUUGGCUCACCGGCGCCCCCUCAUCUUCUUCCCGCCCCUCUUCUCUCCUUUGGAACAACUUGUCUCACCAUCAGCCCGGCGUCACAAGAUGGACAAUAAGGAGGAGGAGGAGGCUCAUUCCCGUUCAGGCUUCUUUAGGGGGACUCCUGUCUGGCAUCUUUAAGGGUGGUGCUGACACCGGUGAGGCUACUCGCACUCUCUACUCCGACACCCUCGCUCUUAUUAACCGCCUCGAGCCCCAAAUCUCGUCCUUAUCCGAUUCCCAGCUCCGGGAGAAGACUGCCCUCUUACAACAAAGAGCUCGUCAGGGUGAUUCUUUGGACUCUUUACUCCCCGAAGCAUUUGCGAUUGUGCGUGAGGCUUCUAAAAGGGUUCUUGGACUUCGACCCUUUGAUGUCCAAUUAAUUGGUGGGAUGGUUCUUCACAAAGGAGAAAUUGCUGAAAUGAGGACCGGUGAAGGGAAAACCCUGGUUGCUAUAUUGCCUGCUUACUUGAAUGCCCUCACUGGUAAAGGAGUUCAUGUUGUCACUGUCAAUGAUUAUUUGGCCCGUAGAGAUUGUGAAUGGGUCGGUCAAGUUCCCAGGUUCCUAGGAUUGAAGGUCGGCCUAAUUCAGCAAAACAUGACAAGUGAACAGAGGAGGGAGAAUUACUUGUGUGACAUAACUUAUAGUGUUGACGAGCUUGUCUUGAGAGGUUUCAAUUAUUGUGUCAUUGAUGAGGUUGAUUCUAUCCUUAUCGAUGAAGCAAGGACCCCUCUCAUCAUUUCUGGACCUGCUGAAAGACCUAGUGAUCGGUAUUAUAAAGCUGCUAAGAUUGCUGCGGCUUUUGAGAGAGAUAUACAUUAUACUGUUGAGGAAAAACAGAAAACUAUAUUGCUCACAGAACAGGGUUAUUCAGAUGCCGAAGAGAUCCUGGAUGUAAAGGAUUUGUAUGAUCCCCGAGAACAGUGGGCAUCAUAUAUUUUAAAUGCUGUGAAAGCCAAAGAACUUUUUCUUAGAGAUGUCAAUUACAUUAUCCGUGGCAAGGAAGUCCUCAUAGUUGAUGAAUUUACUGGACGGGUCAUGCAGGGGAGGCGCUGGAGUGAUGGACUUCACCAGGCUGUUGAAGCGAAAGAAGGCUUACCCAUACAAAAUGAAACCGUAACCCUUGCUUCAAUUAGCUAUCAAAACUUUUUUCUCCAGUUCCCAAAGCUUUGUGGCAUGACUGGAACUGCUGCAACGGAGAGCGCAGAAUUUCAAAGUAUAUACAAGCUCAAGGUUACAAUUGUGCCCACAAACAAGCCCAUGAUAAGAAAGGACGAGUCUGAUGUAGUGUUCAGGGCUGCUAUUGGAAAAUGGCGAGCGGUGGUUGUUGAGAUUUCCAGGAUGCACAAAACUGGUCGCCCUGUUCUUGUUGGUACAACUAGCGUUGAGCAGAGUGAUAUGCUCUCGGAACAGCUUCGUGAAGCUGGUAUUCCCCACGAGGUUCUAAAUGCAAAACCAGAAAAUGUGGAAAGGGAAGCUGAAAUUGUUGCACAAAGUGGUCGUUUAGGGGCAGUCACAAUUGCAACUAAUAUGGCUGGUCGUGGAACGGAUAUUAUCCUCGGUGGAAAUGCAGAAUUCAUGGCAAGAUUGAAGUUACGCGAGAUGCUAAUGCCAAGAGUUAUUAAACCUGCUGAAGGAGCUUUUGUUUCUGUCAAGAAACUACCUCUAAAGAAGACAUGGAAGGUGAAUGAAAAUUUAUUUUCUUGCACACUGUCGUACGAGAGUACUGAAUUGGCUGAGGAAGCUGUAGAAUUAGCUGCAAAAACGUGGGGUCAAAGAUCGCUGACUGAGCUUGAGGCGGAGGAAAGGUUGUCGUAUUCUUGUGAGAAGGGCCCUGUUGAAGAUGAAGUGAUUGGUAAACUGCGGAAUGCCUUUCUUGAAAUUUGUAAAGAAUACAAAGUUUACUGCGAGGAAGAAAGGAAAAAGGUGGUGGAAGCUGGUGGACUUCAUGUGGUUGGAACUGAACGUCAUGAAUCACGUCGAAUUGACAAUCAGCUCCGUGGUCGAAGUGGCAGACAAGGAGAUCCUGGAAGUUCCCGAUUCUUUCUUAGUCUUGAAGAUAACAUAUUUCGCAUUUUUGGUGGAGACAGAAUCCAGGGUUUGAUGAGAGCUUUUAGAGUUGAGGACCUUCCUAUUGAAUCCAAAAUGUUGACAAAAGCUCUUGAUGAAGCUCAAAGGAAAGUGGAGAACUACUUUUUUGACAUUCGGAAACAAUUAUUUGAAUACGAUGAGGUCUUAAACAGCCAAAGAGAUCGUGUCUACGCCGAAAGAAGACGAGCCCUGGAGUCCGAAAAUCUCCAGUCCCUUCUCAUUGAAUAUGCAGAACUGACAAUGGACGACAUCCUGGAGGCAAAUAUCGGUUCUGAUGCUCCAAAAGAAAGCUGGGAUCUUGAGAAGCUUACUGCAAAACUCCAACAGUAUUGCUAUCUUUUAAAUGACUUGACACCUGAUUUGUUGGCAACAAAGUGCGAUAAUUAUGAGGGCUUAAGGGAUUACCUGCGUCUUCGAGGAAGAGAGGCCUAUCUGCAGAAAAGGGCCAUGGUCGAGGAAAAGGCUCCAGGGCUCAUGACGGAAGCAGAAAAGUUUCUGAUGCUGAGCAAUGUGGAUAGGUUAUGGAAAGAGCAUUUGCAAGCCCUUAAGUUUGUGCAGCAAGCUGUAGGUUUACGUGGAUAUGCUCAACGUGAUCCGCUUAUUGAAUAUAAGCUUGAGGGGUACAACCUUUUCAUUGAGAUGAUGGCUCAGAUCAGAAGAAAUGUCAUAUAUUCUAUUUAUCAGUUUCAACCAGUGUUGGUGAAGGAACAAGAUCAACAACGUGAGCCCAGUAAAGGAGACAAACUUGAUUCAAGUGCAAAGGUUGGCAAUAACAGAAUGCCUGAAGAAGCUAGUACAAAGCCCUCCCGCACUGCGAGGCAAUGA